GAAAAAAUCGCUCUCCCGCACCGUUUACUUUCAACGAAAGAAUACCCGCAAACACCUUCGUUAUUGUCGAUCUCUCUCUCUCUUUAAAAAAAAAACCCGAUAAAGCACAACAGCUUUCUUUCGUUCUAAGUUCUAAAGAAUGACCCUCUUUUCCGCGGGCAGCGACGCUAACUGCAGCCAUUCGAGGAAUCACUCCAUGCGUGCUGCGUUGCCGCGCCGUGUGCAUCGGCUAUGUGUGCUCGUCGCGACAGCGGCCCUGCUGGCCGUCACCUGCCUCCCUGCGCCGUCGAGCGCGGCGGUGGAGUGGGUGGUGCAGCAGGUGCAGGUGUUGCACCGCCACGGCUCCCGCUCCGCCGUGCCGAGCUACAACACCACAGCCAUCUGCGGUGCCACGCCAUGCGGCUACCUUAACCCGGAAGGUGAACAGAUGAUGGUGAACGUCGGCAGUUUUCUGCGCAAGCGCUACACCACCGACACCACCGUCGUGGACAAGGCUUUCCUGACGUCGGAGAGCUACGACCUGGACGUCGUCUCGACGUACUCGACGGACGUGCUGCGCACGUUGCAGAGUGCGAACCUGCUGCUGUCCGGCCUCUUCCCCAACUCCGGUCGCCUCAUCCCGGCGAUUCACAUCUUGUCAGGGUCCGGUGGCUUCGUUCUGCAAACGUACUUGCAACCGUGGGUGUCGUUGUACGGGUUGCACGCGGCGGACGCGCAGGCGGCACGCAUAAACCCCCUGGUGGACGCCCGCUUCCCCAAGUUCAGCAGCCUGACAGCGCUGGGCGCGUCGCUCCACAGUGAGAACUUCUUCAGCGACUACGCAAAGCGCUGGAAGUGCGUUUCCAUGCUGUGGGACAUCGCCGCGGCAAAGAGGUCCAUUGGCCAACUGCCUGCGCUGGCGGAGAAGCACUACAAAGACCUGCAGGAGAUUGUGGCGGCUGCGUACCGCUACAUGUGGUACUACAACGCGAGCGACGAAUUCGUGGUGCAGCAGGGUGGCCGCGGCCAGCCUUUCCUGGAGCAGGUGGUGAAGAACAUCGACGGCUUCCUCGCCGGCACGAACACCUUCAAGGUGAUGCAGUACAGCGCACACGACGUCACCCUCGGCCCUGUCUGGGGCACGCUCGGCGACAGCAGCGUGAAUGCCGUGCUGCCACCGUACUCGCAGACCCUGGUGCUGGAGCUGGUGAAGCGCACCUCCGAUGGCGCUCACGGCGUGCGCGUGCUGCGCGGGUGA